AUCUUCGUUUGAAAAAAAUCCUCAAGAACAACCCUAGAUCUGAUUCUAACCAAUCUUAUGCCGCCCGUUUGUGUAUUAUCUUCCCACCGAUUCCAAAUCUAUAAUCCUUGCUUCUAGAGCAACACUUUCUCUCUUUCUCAAUCGCUCCUUUAGGGGGGGGAGGCUUCCUUUAUUCGUUCAUCGAAAUCUGUGAGAAAGAGUAUGGCGAGCACAACUGUUCGUGGGCAGUUGAUUUUUCAGGACGAGAAUGCAUUGGUGGCCCGUGGAAAGAAGUCUGUUGCUGCGGGAAAAGGUAAGAGCUCUCUCGCAGCUCCAAAGAAAUACGGGGCGGGUUUUGUAAGCCGCAAGGCUCUCCAUGAUAUUACAAACAAGUCGAAGUUGCAACCUCAAGCUUCUUCCAAGACUAGCAAGAGUCCCGAAGUAGUGGACUUUGACAUAGCCAAGGAAGGUUACUUGCAUGAUCACCGCAAAUGCAUUGAGCAACAUCAAAACCAGUGGGAUAGUUACUUAUCUGAACACAUCAUCCUUCAUGCACAUGAUACCAACAUCGAGGAACACGAUAUUAAAGAAGAGGUGGAUGACAAAAGCAGCAACACUUGGGAUGAACUUAAAGAUAUACCAAUGGAGGAGUUUUCAGAUUUGAUGGGAUGCUCAACUCAGUGGCCCUCACCACCAGACUCCCCCAUCCAUUACCACUCAUCUUUACCUUCAUCGCCUUUGCCAUGGCAUUUUGAAACUGUAGAAUUCAAGCUCGUGGAAGAUGAAGAGUGAAGACACCAACCUGAGUUCAAGUUUUACUUGUACCUAUGAUUCUUGUUGGGAUCGUAAUCUGUAGUUACUCUUUACUUUCCGGAUGUUGUAAUGAAUCCACAAUUUUUUUUAUUGAAACCCAUUACACAGUA